UUAUUAAUCAAAAUUGACAUUUACUUUUAUUAUUAGAAAUUAAUAUAUUUUGUUGCACCUUUUUUCGAUGUCCAAAACAGUAGUUGAUGAAGAAUUUGUAAGUUUGCAGCUUGAUAGACCCGGGGUUGGAAAAUCAGCGCUGCAAAUUCAGAAGCAUUCAAUUGAACCGGGAUAUGAAAAUAAACCCAUUGAAAGAAGUUUAUAUAUUCUUUCGAAAGGAGAUGAUUUACAGAAACUUAGCGUUAUACAGAAUCUUCCAAACCUACUAAAGGCCGAUCACAAUGGCACUGUAUCGAGAAUUAUUCCCAAAAUACAGCAAGAAUUGCCCGUAAAUUCCUCCUUGGAGUUUCAGUUGAUUUCGAGUAAGAUAUUUAAGAUCCUUAUCGAAAUGAAGUUGGACAUGAAUUUAUUGAGGCCAGUAUUUCAAGGCAUUGAAAGCAAAGACCCCAUGGUGGCAAAUGCUUGGAAUGAAACUUUAUUGGGAGUUAUCACUUUUUUAACGGAGGAUGCUAUAAAAAUAGAGGUGUUACCAUUUACUGUGAAACAGUCUCAACUGAACAGACCAGUAUUUUAUAGAGUAAACAGCUGUAAAAUGUUAGGAAAAAUUGCUGUCCAUCCAAAAAUAAGUGCAUUUGAUGUUAAAAAAGAUGUGGUUCCUGUGACACAAAGCCUUUGCCAAGAUUGCUUGUACGAAGUAAGAGCUGCAAUGUGUGUAGAAUUGCCAAACGUGGCAAAAGGUUUAGGAAAUGAGGCAAAUGUAAAAUUAUGUCUGCUACCAUGUUUAGUAGAGUUAUCAAAUGAUGAAAACAUGCAAGUCAGAGCAGCUGCAGUGAAUGCUGCUGUCCUACUUAUUCCGUAUCUAAAUGCAGAAUCAAUAAAACAAACUGCUAUUCCAUUAGUGAAACGGCUAUGUCUUCAGAGUUUCAAAGAAGGUGACAUGACAUUUCCCCAUGUUGCGAAAAAUUAUGGAAAUUUGUUGACUAAUUUGCAACAUCAUCUAACCGAUGCAGACAGUGUGUGGUUUGUUGAUCAUUAUCAAGAACUAUCCAAAAGAGGCCUAACUAUAAUUCAUGAGGAUUUGGAGAGUGAACCUUUGGCUAUAUUAUGCAGAGAGUAUUGUGCAGGUAAUCUUCCAGACGUUGCUUUUUUUGUACUUACUAUUAUACCGCACGAAACGCAAAAAUGGUACAUCACAUUUAAGGAUUUGGCUGCCGAUCCUUGUUUCAUUGUCAGGAAAACUGUCGCUGGGAGGAUGUUCGAUAUCACGAAAAUUUUGGGCCCGGAAGGCAAAAUAAUACUUCCUGAUUUGCUGAAAUUAAUAAGAGAUGACUCAGAAGAGGUUUUAGAUGUCCUGGUACCUAAUAUAGGAUCCACAUUGGCAUUGUUAGCAAGCGUUGGUUAUUUGUCGAAAGAACAAACUACUCAGGCGACAUUGGACACAGGCAGGGCUCUAUUGAAAUGUCAGUCUGAGAUUUUCAAAUAUUACAACUGGCGCAGGAACAAGACCUUUCUAGAACAAUUGGAAAAACUACCCCUGUGCAUGCCACCUGAUUUUAUACAUCAACAUUUCACUCCGCUUAUAUUGAAAUUGACAACAGUUGCAAGACCCCGUCCAGUAAGGACUCAAGCUGCUAGGACGAUAUUGUUUUUUUUAAGGUACAACAUGAAAGAAAACCACAGAAAAUGGAUCCGAGAGAGUUUGAUCAAUUCUUUGUGCAACUCAAAUUGUUGCUAUACAAGGCAUAUAUUUAUUUUAAUGUGUAUCGAAGCUAUACAAAUAUUCAGUUGGAAAUAUUUCAAAGAACAUUUUUUUACACAUCUUUUACAACUCGGAGAAGAUCCAGUAUCAACCAUUCGUCUUUGCGUCGUAAAUCUGUGCCCAACCCUGAAGCAAAUGCUCAUAAUGCCCAUAGACCGUAAUUUGCUGACGAAGCUAGAGAAUUUAGUGUCCAAGCUGGAAAUGAUGGAGAAAGAUAAAGACGUGUUGAAUUCCUUGAGAACAAAAAGCAAAGAAGUGCGCACGCCCCACGUAAAUAGGCCGGACGUGUUGCUAGAAGAAAAACGAAAGAUCGAAGAGGAGGAUAAGAUACAACAGGGGAAAACUGCGGGGUCUGCGCCGCCUACAGGACCGAGACCGCGUCCGAGUCACCAGCCGCCGUCCAAUAUCAGAAGUGACGUUACAAGAGAUGGCUCUCGUAAUAAUAUGAGAGGUGGGGCAAAAAUACCCACAAGGACAUCAAGCGGCGCUCGUGCAUCUAGUGUUAUCUCGGGCAGCGGCGCUCCACCGCCUUUGAGCGAGAUGAGCUUCUUAGAUCAACAUUUCUAUAUAGACGCGGGCGUGGCUUUGCCAGAACCGGCACCCACCGGUUCUCUUAAGGCCUUAGAAGACGACAUGUCGCUUUUAAACAUCGAACACUCCCAACCGUUAGAGUUAAUCGUACCGACCGUAUCCGUAGAAAACACCAACGUCGAAAAUAUGUCCGAUGAUGAUCUCAUCGAACUGAAAACGUCAACUACGAAUAUUACGGACGACGUCAAAGUUGGUAUAGAGAAAAAGACCGGUGUUAAAUCGAAGAAUUCUGGAGACGGAGUUAAGAAGAGACACAAGAGAAAUUCUUGUUUUUUUAUUAGGGAUAUCGCCCAAACAAAUCAAUCGCAGUUAAAAAGAAGAAGUCUCAAUAUAGUAACGGGCGAAUCGAGUAGAAUUCCUGUGAUCGCAAAAAGAGCUUCCAAGUUAAAGAAAACUACAAUAAAGACUGACAAUGGCGAUGAAGUUGUUGAUAAAAUGUUCAAUAAAAAUGGUAGCUCAAGUGAUAAUAAACUUCUGGAGAACGUGGCAAUAAGUAGUAAUGUUAAGAAUAAAUGUAGUAAAGAAAUUAGUAUUACCAAAGGAUCAAAUUUACCUGUAUUAAUAAGCUAAUAAUAACUGAAACAUGGACAAGAAACAAGAAAAAAAGUUAAUGAAAUGGUUUGAAGAAAUUUCAUCUAAUACAGAAAAACCGCUGGAUUCUGACGAAGAUCUUAUGGAUACUCCCUCUGAACACAGUUUACAUAACACUGAUACUGAACAAUCAGGCGAAAGUGGUACUGAAGAUGUUCAUAUUGCUCAAGCUAUUUUACAACCGAAAACAAAAAGGAAAGCUAUUUUCUUGGGGAAAAAUUUAACAGGGUGGUUCAAACACAAACCGGACACGCCCAAAAAAAAAACCGCAUGCCAAGGGAGCUAAAACCGCGUUAGAUUGCUGGAAAUUAUUUUUUCCUAAUGAAAUGAUUGAGCAAAUUAUUACUUUCACAAACCAGAAAUUGGAACAGUUUAGGGAAUCGUAUUCGCGUCCUAGAGAUUGUCCACCAAUUGAUUUCGUCGAAAUGUGCACAUUCUUGCGGCUUUAAUAUAUGGCAGGAGUCAAGAAGGGACAGUACUUGAAUACAUCAGAAUUGUGAAGUACCGACGGUACGGCCUAUACGAUUCGAUGAUAAAAAUAGCAGAAAAGAAAGGGCAAAAUAUAAUAACUUAGCUCCAAUUGGCGAAAAAAAAAAAAUUGACCGAUUUGUAAAGGCAUGCUCUUCGUAAUAUAGUGGGGAGUAUGUAACGAUUGAUGAGAUGCUCGAUUGUUUCAGAGGAAAGUGUCUCUUUCGC